CAGCGCUGCCUUUGUACACAUUUACAUUAGUUUUUUGUUUAUGUUGGGAAGUCGUCGGAAAAUUCGGCUGUUUUCUCGGUGCACUACAAUGAAAAGCUGCUAAAAAAGCUAAUUAUAAAAAUCAGCGCAGCGCGCGGCCGUCUGUCGACGCAUUGUUUUGUAAGUGCAGUCAGCAGAGGCAGCAGCAGCAGUCGUUGGGGAAAAGAAAAUUAUGUGAAGCAGAAACGCAAUUUCUGUUUGUGUGUGUAUGUACAUUGUUUUUGUAUGUGUAUUGUGCAAUGAAACUGGAAAACCAUUAUUAUUAAUGAAAACGCGUGAAAUGUACGACAGCAGCAACUACAACAACAACGACUACCAACUCCUCCCACUUGUAUGUGUGAGUGUGCGGGGUGCGCAUUGAAGGGUGUUUGCGUAUGUAUGUGUAUGUGUGCGUGCACGAUAAAAGAGGACAAUAUAUGAAUGAAUGUAUGUAUUGUAUGUAUAUAAAUGUCAAAGACCGCGACGCGUAAUAUGCACACACAUUAAUAAUAACGCCAAAGGUCAAAAGUUAAGUUGAAAACAGGACCAAGGCGCCGCAAUGUUAUAAGACAGAGAGAGAGAGAGAGCAGCAGUGGCAACGAGUGCGAGAGAGAGAGAUAGCGCGCUAUUGCUGGUGUGAGUGCACUCAAUAGGAACAAAGAGAAGAGCAAAGAGAGAAAAGGUCGACAGAAUAACGGCUGAACAGCAGAGGAAGGCAAAACAAAAGACUGCUAAAAGCUAAACAAACAGCAAAACAACAAAAAACGAAACAACAACAACAAUAAUAAAUAAAACAUCAAUACAUAAGCGAUAAACGAAAAUGUCGGCGGCGGAGCUUGAAGCUGAAAGUUUCGCACAGGAGCAGCACCCACAGCACCCACAGCAACAACAACAACAUCUGCCGCAACAACAACAACAAUUUGAGCACUUAAGCAACAAUAGCACUGCCAGUGAUGCUGAAACAACCACAUACGAUGUGGAUGUUGACGAGACCAACGAUAACAAUUAUGAUAGCAAUAAUGAAGAUCAACAUAUGCAGCAAGUGCAACUACAACAGCAGCAACAGCAACAACAACAACAAUUAGAUCAACAGGGUGAAUUGGGCAUGGGAUUAUCACUGAUGCAAUCAUCGCCACCACCGCACAGUUAUCGACACUCGCGCGCCUAUCGACACUUUAAGAAUCCACCACAGCCGCACAUGUGCAUCCGCACCACAACGGAAACGGGCGAGGAACUGUUCAUCAACGUCCUCAGCUGGACACGCAUUGUAAUACCACAGGAGCCCAGUGAUCCCAUACCUUUGUAUGGAGGCAUGCGCGUGCCACCUGGCAGUCCACGCAGUCCGCCUAUAGUUUUCGCCGUUAUGGCCAAUCCUGAGGUGCUCAAGGAUUCGGGACGCCACAGCAAGGAUCCAGAGGAAAGGCGUGCUAUGGUUGAGCUAAUGUGUGACUUUGUGGAGGCUAUGAAUCCCGGCGUGAAACUAGUCAGAAACGCCGUGAUACUCAAGGAUCGUGACAUCUCCGGUGAGCUGAAAGAUGUCUGGAAUGCGGUGCAGGCGCAACGUGAUCGUGAGCGCGAGGAGCAAAUGUUGCAGCAACGUCAACAGCAGCAUUAUCAAAAUAUAACCACACAACAAAUGUUUCCCAAGUCGCCCGAUGCGGCGCGUGCGGGGAGUUCAACCCAAUCGAGUGGUGCUGAAAUCGGCUUGCCGCCCGCUUACAAUGCGGAUCUGAUUUCAGUUGAACAACAUGGUAACAGCCCAGGUCAAGGCCAAGGCCAAGGCCAAGGCAAUGCCAAUGGCAUCACAUUGGCUGUAUUCGCUCAACAGCUGGACAACAAGGUGGCCAGCGAGCAGCUGGAGGAGCAACAGCAAGAGCAACAAGUGGAGACAGCAGCUGGCGAGGGUUGUGUGGAUCAAACGGAUGCAGGUGUCAAUGGUGUCAAUGGUACAGGGAAUCCUUCAGCCACACCAGAGCAGCAGUCAGAGAAAGAAGCGGAAAUAAAAUCCGUUGCAACUGUUGCCAGCACAAACAGCACAGCAACAACAGUCACAGCCACAACCACAACCACGAGCACAACAACUACAACUGCUGCUCAAUCCCCAGCCACGCCUCCGGCAGCAACAGCCACGCCCCCACCAGUUCAACCAACAAAAAAGGAAAAACUUGGCGGCUUCUUGCCAAACGGUUGCAUUUUCCCGCGUUUCAAAAACAACAAGCACAAGGACAAGGACAGCAAUCACAAGGAGAGCAAAAGCAAAGAGAAAACGCUGCUGAAUGCACUCAAGAAAAGCAAGGAGAAAAAGGUGGCGCCCAGCGAACAGACGGUCAGUGAGAAAAGCGAUAAUGGCACCACACAAUACGAGAAGAACUGCAUCAAUAAUCUCGAGUGUGAAGUGCAGAAACUCGAUUUAAAUGGCAGCAACAACGACAACAACAUGUUCAUCAAACUGAAAGUGGCGCCAACAAGUGCAACAACAGCUGCUGCAGCUGCCGCCAAGUAGAUAAGUAUAUGAGUAUAAGAUGAUAACAAUUUGAUAACGAUUGAAUAAUGAUAAUGAUGAUUACAACAACGACAAAUGUCGGUAAGUGAGAAAUGAUAGACAGAGAUAACUACCCAAAACUAGCACUUCACUAGCACCUAGGCGUAUACAAGAUUUACAUAUAUAUACAAGAAUACGUUUAUAUACAAUAUAUAUACAGUAUAUAUACAAUAUACACAGUUGUAUCAGUCAAUUUUUGAAAGAAGAAAUAUAAUUAAAAGCAGACUCUCAAAUCGAUAGA